UUCUUUUUUUUCCUCUUUUGACAACCUUUAACCGUUUUUAUCCGUUUGAUUCCAUUUAUAAAGAGACAACGACUUGUCGUUUUAUCUUUUAUACAUAUAUCUUUUUUUUUUUCUUGAAACAACUAUCAUACUAUUUUUUUUCUAUUGACUUAUUUUUCUAAAACCAACAAUAAUGGAACGACAGGACGAGCGUAUUCAAUAUUUUACUGCUCUAUGUGAACAAUUAUAUAAUCCAAAGUCAUCUGAAGAACGUGAACAAGCUCAAAAGAUCCUCGAAUGUCAAUUCCCAACGUUUGCUGAUGAAGGUGGUAAUGGUAUAGCAACACUUCAAUCGCCAACUGGUAUGGAAAAUCGCCCGACAUUUGCUAUCGCUACUCCAACAGAUACUGCAUCUGCCUUACGCAUCCUAUUGGAAAACUCUCCUAAUCCUUAUGUCCAAACUUUCUGUCUGGCUCGAUUGAAACAACUUUCUUUGGCUCAAUUCUCAUUGUUUAGUGAUGAUACAAAGAUACAACUGCGUACAUUUUUACUGGAAUAUGCUUUUAUGCAUCCUGAUCUGAUGCCUUUUAUCAUCACUCAAUUGGCUGGUGUUCUUGCUCAAUUGACAUUACUUGGUUGGGUCGAGAUGGAAUCAUAUAGACAUGUUUAUAAAGAUAUUUCACAAUUCAUUCAGGCAACUAUGGAACAUCGUAUAGUAGGUAUGCAAAUCUUGGCUGUGAUUAUUCAAGAUGUCAAUCCUCCUACUUUUUCUCGAGGUUCUGGCAAGUUUAGACGUUCUGCUGGUGGAUUCCGUGAUACUCAACUUUUGGACAUCUUCCAAUUGGCAUACAAUACUUUGAAAAGUCUCAAUGAACGCUCUCUUCCCUUUUCAAGUGAAUAUCAGGAACAGCGUCUCAAAGAAGCAACAUUGAAUGUUUUAGUUCGAUGUUUAUCGUUUGAUUUCAAUGGUACUAGUGUGGAUGAAUCAGCUGAAGAUAUAGGAACCAUACAGAUUCCAGCAACUUGGCGACCUAUUUUCGAAGAUGAUAGCUUUGUUCCCACUUUCUUCCAAGCAUACGCCAAUUCAACUCCUCCGAACUCAUCAAAGGUGAUGGAUUGUUUACUAGCUAUAGCAUCAGUUCGUCGGGCCCUAUUCACAGAUCAAGAAGAAAGAUCUAACUUUGUGAUAAGCUUGAUGAGGGGAAUUCGAGAUGUGAUGAUUACUUCACAAGGGAUGGACGAUGCUGACAACUACAAUUCUUUCUGUCGAUUACUUUUCCGAUUCCGAUCUGCAGCUCCUUUGAACGAAAUGGUAGAUAAACCUGGUUACAUUGAAUGGAUUGGACUGGUGGCCGAUUUCUCUUUCAAAGGAUUUCAAUCUUGGAAGUGGUCACCCAAUACAGCAUCUUAUAUCCUUGGUUUUUGGUCUCGUAUUGUACAAAGCAUGACUUAUUAUCAAUCCUUGGGCAAGGAAGCCGUAGAAAAAUUGGAAUCCAUCUCUUCAGAAUUAAUCGGUUAUUAUAUCACUACAGCUGCUGAAUCCGUUUCAACUCGAAUCGAAGAAGGAUUGGAUGAUCCUUUGGAUAAUGAAGAUUCCCUUACUGAAACCUUGAAUAUGCUUGGUCAAAUCUCUCGAUGCAAAUAUGAACCUUCAAGCACUGCUUUGAUAUCCGUUUUUGAUCCUACUGCAACUCAAUAUCAGGAACUGAUUACCAAAGCUUCGACAAAUGUGACCGAUCCUGAAUCUUUCAAAAACGAAUUAGAAAUCAUCGAAACUAAAUUUGCCUGGUUGGUUUAUAUCGCUGCUGCAUUUGUAGGUAAUCGCGCAGCUUUUCUGAAUUCGGACACACUGGAUUCUAUUGAUGGUCAACUGGCUGUCAAAGUGAUACAACUUAUGGAAGUCCAACAAGCUCUUCAAGCAAAUCAUGGUAGUACAUUUUUGAAUCAAAAACUUGAUAUGGCCUUUAUCUACUUUUUCCAACAAUUCAAAAAGUCAUAUAUGAGUGACAGCUCUGACAACUCUGAGGUAUACGGCAAACUUUCUGAACUUAUUGGUAUUCAAAAUCAAGGUGGUAUGCUUAAUGUAAUCAUGCAGAAAAUUGUUAGCAAUCUUCAAUAUUGGGCUGAUAACGUAGUGGUAGUACAGCGAACAUUGGAACUUUUUAACGAAUUAGCAUCAGGACAUAUGGGUAUAAGAUAUUUGCGACAAGUGGAAACGACACAAACGAUCCUUCAAAAUCACAUGUCAGUUGAUUUGGCUUUCUUUAACAAUCCCAAGCAGCUUCAAAAUCGAAUGAUCUUUUACAAAGUACUCUGUAAGCUUCUUUUUGGUGAGGACAAUGUUGGAGAAACCGAAUUUUUUGAAUUCAUGAAGCCAUUUGACAAGCGAAUUGAACAACUUGGUCCAUUGAAUACGAAUGCUGAUUUUAGACAAGACAAUGUCAAGCGUGUACUGCAAGGUGUCUUUCUGGAUCUUUGUGGCUUUAUCAACUCUAUACAAAAUAGACGAAGUUAUAAUCUUUUCUUUGAAUGGUUCAAUCCCGAUUACACUGGUAUUUUACUCCGUGCUAUGGAAGCUUGGGCACCUGAUCCUAUUUGUAAUUCCCUCUUGAUGUUUUAUGCCGAGUUUGUCAACAACCGUAGUCAACGCCUCAACUUUGAUCAUUCCUCUCCCAAUGGUAUCCUUACUUUCCGUGAUGCAAGUAAUAUUAUCUGCACUUAUGGUCGCAAGGCUUUAGAUUAUCAAGUACAAGAUGAAAAUCUGAAAUAUGAACAUAAAUACAAAGGUAUAUCAUUGGUAUUCAACAUAUUAGCACGUUGUCUUGGUGGGCGAUAUAUCAACUUUGGAGUAUUCUGGUUAUAUCAAGACAAAGCUAUUGAUGAAGCAUUUGACAUGGCUCUCCGAUUGAUGACGGCUAUCCCAUUACAUGAUUUGACAAGUUUCCCAAAGUUAACAAAUACUUUUUACAAUCUAUUGGAUGAAUGGUCAAAAGAUCAGCUAAUGGCACUACCUGUACCUCCUUCUCCUGAUAUCUUUUUAUAUUUAAUGGAAGCAUGUGAACAAGGUUUGGAUGUGAAUGAAAGUAUGGUACGAUCUCAUACAUGUGCAGCUAUAUACAAUAUUUGUACGUUUGUCAUUCAACAGAGCGAAAAACAACAAACCAAUCCAUCUCAACUCCGGCGUCGAUCUUCCACAAUGGCAUCCAUUUUUACCUCAUCUUCUACUUCUUCUUCUUCUGCCACCGCAAAUAUGCUCCAGCAACAACAACAACGUGGAGGAUCAAGUGAUACUCACUGGCUUCUCGUCUAUUUGAAUCAAUAUCCAAGAAUUUUGCCAACUUUGAUGGCAUCCAUAUUCUAUCCCUUAUUAUUUGAAGACACCAAUGAUCAAUGGUCCCUCUCAAGACCUUUAUACACUCUUAUUUACCUACAACGUGAUUAUGCCAUCAAGUAUACCAACGCUGUCAUUGAUCAACAAUUACCAGAACGUCGAGAUUAUGUGGCAAAGGGUCUGGCUGGUUUGAUGGAUGGUAUUGAAUGGACAUUAUCAAGUAGAGAUCGUGAACAUUUUACCCAAAACAUAUCUGCCUUUAUUAGGGAUCUCAAACUGAACAACAUCACUUUGGUCCCUUUGCUUACUCCACCAACUCCAUAAACUAACAACUCAUCAUACAAUAUACACUCGAAGAAAAAACAAAAUUAUAGUGGCGGCAAAGAUGGAUGUUUAUGUAGGAUAUUAUAUAGUUGAUCACUAAUCGAUAACAAUAAACUAUACUUUCUCUCUUUA